GGGGGGGGUCAAUGCACAUCACGCACCAGGGUUGAUAAGUUAAUUUUUAAAAACCAGUAGAUUAACUAGAGAGAUGCUUUUCAUGCAGGAUUUUAGCCAAACUAACGGGAAAAAAAACCCUGCUAAAAACUUGUAUAAAACCGCCACGGCAGAUAUUUUUGUGUUUUACGUUUUAUAUUAUAUCAAUUACGUAAAAGUAAACUUUUUUUCACCAUUCUCACAGCCAUCCAUACUUUAGUAUGCAUGUUAUAGAUUUGCGUAUGAAAGACGACAAAAAAUUUAAAGCAGAAGUGAAGAAAAUUGUCAAACUACUACUACUGAAAAAGACUUUGCCAAUUUUUGUUUUACCUAUCUACCAAGCUGGCAACACUGAUGUAGAGAUCAAGGCCUACUUUCAUUUCUUCGACAAAGACAAGGCCAAGGCCAAAGAGACGAAUUUUGUUAGCAAUAGCAUUAUUGAAAAACGUAUCUUUGUUGUAGUCAAUCUUUACUUAAUUCUUUCCACCUUAUGUAGCUUUUUAAAUCAAAUCUUUAUAAGAACCGAAAUAUUUUGUGAUAACUUUUCAGGAACAGAUUAUUCAGGGAUUAUUUUUAUUGAAAACGAAAGCCUUUUACCGGAAGUCAAAAGCCAUCAUUAGAUCUCUAUACCCCUGCGCCUCAAUCUAAACAACAAUGGCUACUUCCAGCGGCGUCAGUCCCGAACUGAUUGACCAAUUUGUUGCUGUUACAGGGGCAGGGCGAAGUGUUGCUGUCAGCUUACUGGAGGCAUGUUCUGGCAAUUUGGAUCUUGCAGUCGGGAUGCACAUGGACAGUGGUGGUGGAGCAGGAGCAGGGCCAUCAAACACACACACAGACAUGUCUGGUCCCUCUGGAGCAGCUGAAAGUGCUGAUGAUGCUGUGCGGGCCCCGAUACCUCAAAGAACAGAAGUUUUAGUUGAAGAAGACAGUACCAAAAUAGCAUGGAGGAUGAAGAGACCUAGACGCCAUGCUGCUUCCGUUUUUGAUGGCUUCAGAGAUUUUCAAUCAGAGGCUUAUCAUGAAGAUUUGACAAGAGGAAAAAGACCAUCAAAGAAAAGAAAUUUGGAGGACUUAUUUAGACCUCCUGUUGAUAUCACACACAAAGGAACUUUCCAGAAUGCUCGGGACACAGGCUCUGCGCAGAACAAGUGGCUUCUGGUCAAUGUACAGAAUGUCCAGGAGUUUCCGUGUCAGGUGCUAAAUCGUGAUGUCUGGAGCAGCCAAGAUGUUCGCAACGUCCUCAAAGACAGUUUUGUCUUCUGGCAGGUUUACAAUGACAGUGAAGAAGGCAAGAGGUUUAUGCAGUUUUACAAGCUGAAGGAGUGGCCCUACGUUGCCAUCAUUGACCCUUUCACAGGUGAAAGUCAGGUGGAGUGGCACAAAAUUGCUGAUGGGCCAGUUUUCUGUGAUCUAGCGAAAUCAUUUCUGUCAACUUGUCCAGUUCCUGACGCAAGCCAAGUCCCAAAUGCCGCUAAGAGACAGAAGCGGGAACCUUCAAUAGUAGAUGCGACGGAGCAGGAGCAGAUGGAGGCUGCUAUAAAGGCUUCCUUGUCAGAGAACCAGACCACACCAAGCUCCCCUCAGUACGUGCUGGACUCGGAUUCUGAAGCAGAUGUAGUGGAGGACUCCGACGGAGUGGAGACGUUCUCCGACACCGAGGAAGUUAUAGUCACCUCCACACCCCCUGGGCCCUCCUCAAAUGGGGUCCACCACCCAGCCAGUCCUGAACCUGGCCGGUCUGCAUCAACGUCCUCCUCGUCACCCAGUAAAGCCCCAUCUAUAUCUAAUGGCGCUCGUUUAAAAAAGCAUCCUCCUACUUCAUCAUCAUCGUCAUCGCUCAAACAUCUCUCUUCGUCAUCCACCGCUUCGUCAUCUUCACCUUCAUCGUCUCCGUGGGUAGCAGGCAACAACAAUUCAACAGUGUCCCCCAGAAGUAACAGCAUCAAUAGCUUGUCGCGACUCUCGGCUAGUGCCAACAAUUCUGAGUUUCGGAUAUCACAUCGGGAUCUGCUGGAGGCUGGAAGCAGCAGUGGUGUCGGGACAAACCCGGCGGCGGCUGUUCUGGCAUCUGUAGACAAUGUGGAAAUCUGGGCUGGAGUCUCCCAGCCGGGUCGUGACAGCCCGCUAGAAGUGAACCUUGAGAACACUUUGAUAGACAUGAUCGGGGGUCGGGAGGCGGAGGUGUGUACCCCAGACAUUUGUACCCCUGAGGUCGUGGACAGCUCCUCUUCCAACUCGCAGUGCUCGCUCCCAGAAGCCGACGCGGCCGCAGGGCAAAACGAUGUUGUCUCGGGAGAAGACUGGAAGGACCAUUGGGGCGAUACCUCAGAUCCCAUGAGUCGACUGAUGCUCAGAUUUCCAGAGAACAAAAGGGAACAAGUAGAACUGCCUUGUUCCUCUUCUUUAAAAGCCCUGGUUGUCCUGUGCACGUCCAAAGGCUUCCCUCCGGACAAGUACGAGCUGGUCACCACGUUCCCGAGGAGGAAACUGUCACAGCUGGGGAGCAGCACCACGUUACAGGAGGCAGGUCUACAUCAGCAGGAGACCAUCUUUGUGCAGGAUCUGUAGGUGCCAGAUUGGAGUUGUGGGUCUGUGAGUGUGUGUGAGUGACUGUGUAUAUAUGUGUGUGCGUACAUAUGACUGAUUUGUGAAAUUGUUAUGAAGACUUUUUAUAAUCCAAGACUCUGUGUGUGUUUGUGUUUAUGUGUGUGUGUCUGCAUGCGUGCGCAUAUUUGAUCUGUGAAAUUAUUGCAGAGACUUUGUAGUCCAAGACUGUUUAAUCCCAGAAAUUGUAUUUCUCCAAAAUGUUUCUGGAUUAGGGAUUUAUAUUUAUUGGCAAGAGGAAAAAUUAAGUUCUCCAAAUAUGUGUAUAUCUAUACGAAGGCAACAAUAGAAAAAUCAGUGUUUCUAGUUUUCCACAAAUUUGCAAAUAUCCUCAAGUUUCCGCGAAAAUUCAUGCUGAAAGAUUUGUAAAAAAUAAGAAAUAAAAAUUUUCUGUAAUUACUAAUAGUCAACAAUAGCCAACUCAUACCGGAGGCGCUCUUUUAUGUGACGUUCACUUCUAAAACACAAGCAGAGAACCAACACUGUAAACGAGAGGAAGAAAUAUGGUUCAAUAGACCUUUGGCCAGCCAAGAAACGUUUAUAAAAAAAUUAUUUGUAAAUAUUUUUGUGGAUUUAAGUUGAACAUAAAUAAGUUAUUACUGGGUGUCCAGCAAAGUCGGAAAUUCGGCGCCCUGGUCGUAAAUGGUAGUAAAUGCGUCUUGAAUUUAGUAAACAUUUGAUAAAGUCGUAAAUUAACCUGCAUACUGAGUGAUGAAGCCAGCAAGACUUCAUUGAACCCUAGCCGCGGUACAUGACCCUGUUUUUGCUGGUUGCGAUUGUGAUAUAAUAUUCAUUCACCUUUUCCCUGUCCGAGAGUACGUUUCACGCAAAAAGGCGGCUAUGGCGGCAGGCAAAAGUGUGUGUGACACCGAGGCUCGAUCGGGAAAAUCAAGAUCAACUUUCGCUUUCAGAAAUUUGCUGGCGACGGACUGAUAAUAGAUAACUAACGCAACAUUUGUGACAUGCAGGUUGGGCAGUAUAGAUAUAUAUUCAAACGCUUGAUUUGCUGGGUAGUAAAUUUUUUUUCGCAGGUAGUACAUUUUUUCAGUAAAUAUUGCUGGACACCCUGUAUUUAGAUCUAGCUGUUAUACUAUUAUGGGUGUGCUGUACAAUAACUACAGGUAAGAGAGACCAGUAUGGCCUUGGAUUACUGGGAUUCUACUCAUUAUUGUGCAAACCAACAUAAGCAGGAAAAAGUUGAACAUUAAAUGUCAAAUUAUAUAGAUCUAGCUUUUAUACUACUAUUAUGGAUGUGCAGUACUGGUACAAGGGAGAAAACAUGGCUUUGGAUUUAUAUUGAUCAGCACAAGCAGAAAAUUAUGUUUGAAAGGUUUUUUUUAAAACCACUUAUUUCCUUGUUAAACUUAAGCUUAAAUAGCUAGAAAUGGCAUAUUUUGGGUGCCCUGAAACAAAAAAAUCUCAAACGUGAGGGGGACCAUCGCCCUGAACCCGAAAAUCCUCAAAAUAUGACAUUAGCUGCUGGAAGCUCUGAAAAAUGAUCAAAGUCGCAUAUUUCUCAUACUGAGAAAAAAGAAAUUUGAAGUUUGAUACCCCCCCAAAAAGCCCAGCAUGAAUAGCUGUGAACUUCAAUUCUACUGCCUUCAUCAAUUUUGGAACAAUUUUGCAAAUGAAAAAUUGAUAUCCAAAAGUAAAUAAUUAAUAAGUUAUAUCAUAAGAGAUAAUUUUUUAAUUUGCAUGCAUGAUAGCAAACAAUAGAUCUAGAUCUACAAAAUUAUUUGUGUGGGAGGCUGCAAAAAUGAUGCACAUGUGUUUAAAAAUAUAAAUUGAGAUAGCUUUUCUGAACAUUUUGGUUUUUUUUUUUAAAGGUUCUAUCUAUCCGGGUUUUUGAGUUACGGUCAAUUUGGUAGCGUUGGGUAAGAAAACGGCGAAAGGAGAAAAUCAGGUUUAAAGAUAGCAAAUGGGUAAAAACAAACAUUAACAGAUGAAAAUAGACAAAACAAUCUGCAUACAUGCACAGAGAGCUAAGCAAAAUACUUAUAGACAAAAACAAUUUAUUUCCCAACCUUUACAGCUGUUUUUUGUGUGUAUGUAUCCACUGGGCUGCCCUCCAGGCCUUAUUGCUGGUUGGCUCCCCGGCCUCGGCCACCAGCAUUACCACGGCCCUUGGUUCCUCGACCCCGCCCUGUUGUUGUUUUGGUCACUUUUGCUGGAGGUACUGGUUCCUCCUCAUUGUCAGAGUCACUGGGAAUUUCUGCAGGCAAAAUUAAAGGCUCGGGGGUAACUAUAUCUUGGCAGUGAGGGGCAACGAAGGGGCGGAUCUCUUUAUACAGGUACUGCUGGCGUUUAAUGCUGAGCCCAGGUGACGGGAUGAUUUUAGGAAGGAUGUUGGGUGGAGGUACAGCUUUCUUUUCCGGGAUCUGCACAGCUUCUGGUGCAUUGCUAUGCUCCUUGACUGUAAUGGAUCCAGUGUUGUCAAACUGGAACUGCUGGAAGGAGUUGAUGGUCUUGACUUUGCUGAAAUAGGGAGCUAAGAAUCCUGUCCAGUCGUUGGUCGGGAUCUGUGACGCUCCAUUUUCCUGGCCCACAAAAACUGCCUCAUUCAUUUUGGAUGAGCCGUCCACCACUUUUACCAGGUCCUGCAGGCAGUCCCCUCUGGUGACCUUAAGCUUUCUUUUAAUCAAGCCAAAUCCUCCAUCCGGGCUAAAUUUGGUAUGUCCUGCUAUUAGAAAACUAUGGCGGAUUUUUGUUGUUGCGGUUUGUGGCACACCGCCACAUGAGGUACCAUACCAUAGCAGAAUUUUUAUUCUGGCCACAGCAGUUAUCUGCAUGUAGCAAAAGCUCCGCCUCUCCAAGGCUAUAGUUUUCUAAAUAGAAAUGGAGGUACGAAAUAACAGUGUUGGCUCCUUUCCCGGUGUUGUGGCCUUCAUCGAUAAGAAUAUUCAUCUGGCGACCAAGAGCCUCAUUGUUUAGUCCAAACAGACCACACUUCAGAUGAGUUUUGAAAUAAAUCGGGCCAGAUAGGGGUGAGGGCCAGGCUGUCUGUCGGCGGGGAGGCGUUUCUUGACCUCCGCACAACAAUGCUGGUAGAAUGCCCGCUCAUUUUGAACAACCUCCUGGUGGGCAUGUAACUCUCUGUAGAGGCGUUGUUUCUCCCCGUUGUUGUUUGCCUUGUGCUGAAUGGCCCGCAUGCCUUUCUGGCAGGUCCAGCACAGAUCGGUGGCCGGGGGGCACACAGCGCUGACCCGAUUCAGUGCAUGCAGCCUCAUACAGUUCGUAUACAUGUGCCUUGGUGCAGCUGGUGGGUUGGGCAGAAGCUUGGCGUUGGUGAUCCAGUAGCGAGGUGUUCUAGCUGGAUGCCAUGGAUUUCAGAAUAGUUCACAAUAAACUCCAGGACCCUCCGAAUGUGAUCGUACUUUGCGGUAUUGUGUGGCAAACGUUUAGUGCUUUUGUGUACUCGGGCUUCCACACUACUGACUUUGUAGUACUUAAUCAAACCUGUCAGUUUUCCCUGACCAAUGCCAAACACGUAGCAAAAAAACUCUCUACAAAUACGACGACCAUGUAGAUAGUCCGUUCGAGAAGCCUUUCUUUCUGACUGAUCAGGUCUCUUAGACUUGCGGGUGAUUGGGUCUAAGUGUAUACCGUCCUCUAUUUUGGACAAAAGGGCAAUAUCUUGCUCCUGGCUUGUCAUAGCUUGAUGUCGAGUCCUUAUGUCCCAUAUUACGUCAUCAUCUAAGUUCUCAUAACAUGGAGUUGUUUUACAGUCACAAGGGUACACUUGUGGUGUAGACGAUGAGGGAGGGGCAGAAGUAGCAAGUUGGUCGGUGUCAGUUGUCGUUGAUGCUGAUUGAUCACUGGGUGGAUGUGUAGGUGUGCUUCCACGAACAAGAGGGACUAUCCUGUCUGCGAGAUGAACGUCACUCUCUACAUCUUCACCAUCUCCUGGUUCAUCUAAAAAAAAUAAAAAAUUGACCCAUGACCAAACUUAGAAACUAAGUGAGGAGUUUGCCAAAAAGUGACAUCAAGAUAAUGAUCACCUAGAUCUAGUGCAACCAUAUUCGACAUUUCCUACCAAGCAGCGUGAUAGCUGCUUAAAAAUAAAACUAGGCCUAAUCUAAAAUAUAUCAUAAUAAUAUAAAGAUGUCAACUAGAGUGAUGAACGUGUCCCGCAACCCCCACCUCCAUUCUCUUUUUAGACCUUCCAAAGUCAGAGAACUUGACUCAGUGAGCCAGCUAACUACAAGGGAUCUAGAUUCUAGAUCUAUAGUCUACCCUUGUUAUGAAAAAGAUUCUAGAUCGUGCACAAAAUCCUCAAACAAUACCAGUUCUACAGCUGUAAAUCUAGAAUCUAAUAAAAAGGUAAAAAGACAGAUAGAACUGUCGAGAAGAACAGAUAGAAAGGAGGAAGGUGCUAGAUCUAGAUCAAGGACUAGAAUUUAGAGAUCAGAUGGAACAGCUGAGCAGUGGGGAAGGAACAGAUUGAUAUAAUUACUUACCAUCAUUAGAGUUGUCCUCAUCACCACUGGAAUCGUCUUCAGAAUCAUUUCUUUCGCCAAAAUAGACAUCAAACGCUUCGUGGAAAGCAACUGUAUCAGUUGUGUUGAGAUUCAACAGACGAGCUAAUGUCUCAGCACUGUUUACAUCUGGGUUCGCCACUUUGAACAGUCGCGGGCUAAGGGGGGUCUAGGUUGAAAGGUCGGAUUCUUUUAAAUAAAAACUUAUUUUUUUACUGUAGUAGCGAACUAAAAUCGAUUUUAAAAUGGAUUUGUAUCCUUAGAACGGUGUUAUAAUAUUAAGAAAAGAGUUCCAUUCGGUCACAAUAAGAGCCUAAACUCAGCACUUGUUUUUUAUUACAAAUACAAGCAUCGGUGAAGUAAUUUCGAUGCGCACAAACUGUGUGUGUGCCCAAGCUCUGAGCACUACUUUUAGUUCGACAGACAGGAAAAUAACCUUUCCAGUGGUAUGCAAUAAGUGGGGGUUGUCUCAAAAGUACGUGUUAUGACGAGGGGUUUAAACUGGUCGAUGUUAUUUUAUAAACGUAAUCAACCGAAUUUGAUUGAUGUUGAGUAGGGAGGGUGGGUAUAGAAACAAUCAAAAUAAACAUGUUGCUAGUUUAUUUUGUUGUUUAAUAUUCACAUUACUGAAAGAUUAAGAAGUUGAAGAAGAUGUUAGUGUAAAAAUCUCAAUUUUGCCUUGGAAGUCGAAAAUUACUUUAAGACAGCCCCUAGCCAAAAUGGGUUCCGCAACUUUUGCAGGGUUUUAGCAGCGCUCCACACUUUUGUUGAAUUUUUCCUUAACUUUUCUGCCACUCCUUCUCUUUUCCUUGAGGUUUCCUGCUGCUCCUGUCUUUCCGUUUCAGCUCACGCUGGGCACACAGAAGGCUGGUGUUCACACCAGUGGCUCCUCCCAUACCUGUUAUCAUCUUGACAGAAUAGCGGGGCCCGAAGUUAAAUUCACUAUUGCUGUAAUAGCAGCAAACUCUAAUUUGCACCUGAAAUGGAACCUGGAUUUGCUGCACCUUGCCCAUAUUGCAUCGUGCAGACUUUCAUUGUUAUUCUGAGUUGCCUGCAACUGGUGUCGACUCCUGAGCUGCAGACCUGCAAGGUGGUCGUUUUUUGGUUCAAUGAGAGGAUGAAUCUUCUCAAAGUCAAGGAAGGUGUGGAUUUUCUCUGAAUGCCAUGCAGGGUAGACACUGUUUGCCAAGUCCUUAUAAAAAUAGGAGGUUUACUUUCCGGGAGGGCAGUACUGGUGCUGGGGAUGCUCCUCGGUUGAGCAGCUGUGGUGUUGUCAUAAGGCAAGAAUGGCCGUCCUCAUGUCCUCAGCUGUUGCAUUAGGCCGGAUGGCCCUAGUGUAGUAGUUACACAACUUCUUGAUCUGGUCUGCUGUGAGCAGCCUUCUCGACAAAAGGAGUCAUUAAUCCCAGUUAGUGAAGCAAGGCUACUGUGAGGAUGGAGGACACUAUUGAGGUUGCCAUGUUCACAUGGAGGACAAAUAUAUAUAAUGAUGAACUCAAUGAUCUUUGAUGAGAGUCAAGGGAUGAUUUUUAUUUCAUCUUGCUCAGGACACAUGCCACAAGUGGUGUGCGGAAGUCAUCUCAACAAUAAUAAAGAAUAGUUAAGUUUCCAACCAAAGAGAGUGUACUAGUGUAAUCAAGAGAAAUAACUCAAAGAAUAAUCAUACAAAAAGAUAAUACAUACUAUUAAUAAUAAAUUCAGUUAAUUCCCCUUGACCAUAAUAAACAAAAAAUGUGAUUUUUAUUCUAACAGACACAAAAUGUCCUUGAAUUAACCCAGAACAAAUGUGAAGGGUGCUGACAAAAUGAAUUACUUCUCGGAUUUUGGACAUUUGGACUUAUGUACAUCAAAUUAAAGGGCUUUCCAAGCCUUACAAGUUGGUGAAAAAAAUUAUCUUUCUAUCAUUUCGCAAAAAGGGCCCUGAAGUCAAUUUUUUGACUUACUCAUAUUUUUCAUCAUCAUUGCCUUUCUCACCCUGCACCAUGGUAUAGGCCUCGGACAAACACUCCCCACUUUUCUCUAUCCUGGGCUAGCCUCUUGAUGUUAUUCCAUGUCUUCCCACUUUUCUGUACAUCGAUUUCUGUGAUUCUUCUCAAAGUUCCAUGAGGUCUUCCCCUUGAUCUCUUGCCCUGUGGGUUCCAAUCCAAAACUUUCUUCCAGUGUGUUUCGCUGACUCCUAGUAUGUGCAGCCUGUAUCUCUUCAUCUCUUGUACUACUUGAGAACUCUUUCCUGCUUCAUACAAGGUCCGAACAUUCCAUGACGCAAUCCGGAGAGACUUGUUCGACAGAGAAGGUUUCGGGUCACGUACAUGUGGUUGAUGAUGUAGUAUCCAACUAUUUGAUCCAUUUGAUCAACGCCUUUCAUGUGCCGCUGGUAGUCAGAAGGGCAUCUCGGUACAGUGACGGCCCUCUGGUUCGGAUUUCCACUUCGUCGCAUUACAGUACCGGUGUCCAUCGGCGAAUGGAAGUUGGAGAGAACAAGAACAUUCUUGGUGUCCAUCCAGUUGCAGAAGGUCAGGUCGCUUAAUUGCCCCACUCUGUACUGAUGCUUCUGCAACUGGAGGGCUCUGGACAGCAUUUCAGUGGGCAGGCCUUUCCUGUUCGCUCGGAUGGUGCCGGCUGCCUGUAUUUCCUUGCCCACCAGGUCCUCCAUGAGGGAACAACUUGAAUAGAAAUUGUCCAUGAAGACUUGUAAAUCUGCUGAAAGCAAGAAUGGGUGGGUGGUGUGGGAAAAGGUGAGGACUGGCCAAGGAAAUGCUUUAAGCAAAAUGAAAAGUCCAAAGGUGGCCACAGCGUAAGGAAAACAAAACACAUAGCCAUGAUACUGAUAGGAAGUUCUAAAAUACUAGCGGACAUCUCCCAGUAGAUGCUCUUUUUAUUGGAACGUAAAAGAAAGCUGCAAUUUGUAUAGCAAUAUACUCACUGGUGGCAAAAGAGGGCAAUUUGUAUAGCAAUAUACUCACUGGUGGCAAAAUAAGGCCUUACGAGGUCCAUGAUGAUGUUGUACGCCAGCCACUUCCGUCUGUCCUCCUGUGUCCCCACUCCAUCUCCUUUCCGUGUAGACGCUGAAUCUUGAAAGAAAAAAAAAAAAGAAAACCAUUACAUAUAUUGCAUGUGCAAAGUAAAAAUCACGAGUCUGAACUGGUGUCUGCGGUGCAGCGGCUAGACUAGAAGUUUCACUGCCGCAAGCAGAAUACUUGAAAAAACAUGCAUUCCCUAUACUUACCAUUUGUUCCUGUUACACUUUAAUUUUUUUUUUUACAAAGCGAAAAUUUCUUUAGAAUAAAUUUUGUAUAAUAUAAGUGUGUAUUUUGCUUUACUUUACACAAAAAAAAGAGUUUAUAAAAAAUUUCAAAUUACGUUUACGAUAAAAAGGUGAUGGAACAUGGAAACAUCAACAUUUGGUUCAAUUUUGUGAGAGAAAAAAAAGUAUUUGAAUGUCCUACCUGUGGAGGUAGCCCACACCUUGAUGCCCCAUUUCGUGGGUUUUGCCGGCAUGUACUGGCGGAAUCCAAGACAUCCCUUGAACUUGACCAUGGACUCAUCAACACUGGCAAUUCCACUCAGCUCGUAGACUGCGCCAAACUGGGUGUUGGGUCUUGAUGAGCCAUCUCACUUUCCUAAGCUUGUCUGGUGGAUUGGACGGUGGAGCUGUGUUGUCGCUCAGGUGGAGGUACCGCCAAAUCUGGUCAAAUCUGUCGCUCGACAUCACACGUUAGGAGUUGCAUGCAUGUUUCCCUUAUGUUGGAAACAUAUUUCCCGUUUUCAAUUGUUUGUAGAUAUGCUGGUGUGCUCCUCUCCUCUGAAAAAUCAACAAGCUCUUCUAGUGACUUCAGUUCUUUUUCUUUGGCAGCAUUGUCUCUUUUCAAAGACUCUACUACCACAUUUGGUCUAAUUUUAGACAGAAUAAUCUCAACUCUGUGGUUGAGCUGCCAUUUUCUUUUCCGAAGCUUUAACUUAUUAUCUUUCAGAACUGCAAUCUCCUUUUUAGCCCAUUCAAGCUCUUCUUUCAAAUUACUUGUCUCCUCGACCUGUUGCUGAAGUGCUUCUAUUUUAGUAUCUCGCCUUUUGAUAAGUUUGUUUAAAUUUCAUACGUUAGGCCUUUUCGCCAGCAGGAGACCUGAGUUGGAUUCAUGAGUGGGGAGAAAAUUUCUAUAGAGUAUAUUAGUCCUUCUACUGGGAUGUUGUAUCCUUCUCAGCCCAAAUCCAAAUUGGCCCUGAAAGGCAGGGUUGGAAGCCUGCAUCUUAAAUGAUCUAAAUUUUGUUGAUGGUAGUGUUAAAAAACGCCUGCACUGGAAAAAAAAAGUUUAGUCGUAGUGCGACUUUCUGCCUUGAAAGGAGCACUUGUAUAAAGAUAUGUCAUCACAGAUGGUCUAUUGUAGCUUAUGUGGUCAGUUGUCAUGACACUUCUGUAAGGGCAUGUCCUAGGUGGAAACAAAAAAGAAUAGGCCUGGGGAAAAUUGACAGAAAAAUUACGCUUGGAUCAAAAAACAAAUCUUGGGUCUGUCUGAAUGAAAUAGCACUUGCGUACACUCAGAUCCAUACAUAAUGAACAUUCUCAUCCAAGAAAUAGUAUACUCUGAUUUUUCCACUCUUCGCUUCCAUACAUUAAUAACAAAAUGAAUACACAACAAACAAAGCCAACUGUCUAGAAAGGCCUAUGUAUGUAAAUAUUGAUACUAGCGACUUUAAAUUACACAGAAUCAUUUUCAAAAUUCUGCUGAAAUUUUCCUCCUAGAAGCAGAAUUUUUUGUGCAAGAAAAAUAUUAAACUUUACUCAACACUCCAACCCCCAAAUAUUGGACUCUGAUCAUUCUUUCAUUGUAGCUUCUUGUAAAAAGUGUCUGUAUCUCGGGACUUGGGUCGUUUUCGGAUUAGGCAGUUCAUGAGGAUAACCUUCAACCACAGGGGCAUGUCCUGAAGGCGAUGACUAAGAAGUUUUGAUUUUGUGACUGAUCGGGUUUUUUUCCCAUUGUUGCCUUCGUAUAUACUGUAUCCAGUUCUAUCUGUUCCAGUUUAUUUCCAACACUAGGAAAUAUACUGGAACUUACAGAUUUAUACAUGAUACUGAGAAGGUGCUUGGAGUUGACAAAAUGAUUUGUCAGAAGGUACAUGUAUGUUGAUGAGAGUUGUACUUGAGGUAAUGACUGACAAUGACAUGAAUUGGGUUGUUGUUUUUUUUUCUAAAAGGGUUUUGAAGGGAGUUGUACUUAUAAUGUUUAUUGAAUUAGUUAAUGAAAUGUGUAUGCUUGGAAUGUUGACCCAUUUAAGGAAUUGGAGAUGGAGUUUGUGACUGUGAUAGCUGGCAAGUGACCUUCUCAUAAUAUGAUGCUGUGAGAUUGUGUGUGGUGUGGACCAUGUGUCUCGACACACUCCAUGUACACAUUCAUGUGGUAAUAUCUCGUCUCACCUGUAUUUGCUCAUUAAACUUUUCAAAUAAAAUGUGUUGUGCUCCACGUGCUGUUCUGACUCUUUCAAUGUAUUUUCAUUUUUACACAACUUUUAGUUAUGGCUACCAUUCUAAUCCAGUCAUCCAGAGUAAUGUUCCGAUUGAUCAUGACCUUGCACAAAUAUGUACUGUAGAUGCCUACAAGUUGAAAGUGGUCUAAUCUUUAAUUUCCAUUGAUGCGACUGUGACCGAUUAAUUUUUGUGUGUGCAUGUUUAUUUAUCAGUCUAUGAUUUUUGUCCAUUGGCUGAAGCAGGAAUUUUUGGUGCUGUUUUAAAUGGUGUGUCAUGAUAACGUAACCCUGAUGAUGCUAUUUAGGUCACUGGUGUUUUGACCACUGGGUUUGACCGAUGAAGGGUCUGAUUAUAGUGCUAAGACAAAGAACAACGUGGGUCAACUCUGCAGAUCAAUUUCGAUGUUGAGCUGUGAAAAAUUUUAGCAGAUAAAAAUCCACUAGGGUUCUCUUUGGCAGCUAUUUUCUGUGACCUGAAGCUUUUUUUUUUUUUUUUUUAAAUUAAGUUUCUGUUAAUUCACGCUGGUAAUUCCAUUGUCUUGAUUGUCUAUUGAUAAAUUUGAAAAGGUAGAUAAAAGCCCAACUUAAUUUUCAUACUAUGAACAGCUCGCAUUGAUCGACCACAGUAGCAUAUCUCUUUGGCUGGCCUAUUGACCUUUGUCUCACUCAUAGUGUCAGUAUGGUUAAUACUGUAGGCUUUACUGAAGAUAUUGUCAGAGAACGAAUUUAAAAAAAACAACCCACCAGAAGAAAGCAAACACUUCAGACUUUAUUAUGUAUUUGUAUUUGCUAUGGAAAAAUUGUAUCUUUUUCUCUCUUCUGGUGUCAUCGAUUACUGCACAGUGUUUGGUGUACUAUUUCAGGAAAAGAAAUCCCAGCAUCUAUAUAUAGAUACCAAUUGUACUAUAUUAGACAAUUUUGUCUUGAGGCGCAGUUUUGUUCUCAGGUUUUCAAUUUAACUUUUACGCAUUUUCGCACUUGCUACUGAUCUGUUGUCCGUUUUCAUGCUUGGGUUAUUGUGUCUUACUGAGGACAAGUCCCCAGUGACCACCCACCAAGAUGCAGGAUCAUCGUCAUUAUUAGGGAGCAUGAUGAGUUCACUUACCUCUCGGACAUUGUAGCUCUGCUGUGAUAGGGCUUUUGUGUGAAGGAAAUAGCGUUGUUUUGUUGAGACGUUCAGGAUUUGUUUUUUUUGUGUUCUCGUCUUUUCUUCUUCUUCUCUAAUAAAAAAUUUGAAAAGAAUGAAAUUAAGACAACUAAUAUUGUGUGCAAAAGCUGAGUGGAGGACUGUUGUCAAACUUGUGGGAAUUGAUUGAUGAUUUUAAAAAUAAAAGGUAUCCAAAGAUGUAACAUAUGUUGGGAUGAAUCUUUCUAUGAAGUAUGAAAUAUUUUGCAAUCUCAUCAUGUCAUGAAAUUUGUGGCAGGUUUAUGCCAGUGUAAAUAAAUAUAAUGCAUGUCAUUGAA